AUGAUUUUAGACUUCUCUGGUCUUACAAAGAUUCCGACAUCAAUUGGUUCUUUGAAGAAUCUAGAGAAACUGAGUGCCCGCUACUGUUCGUCAUUGAGAGAAAUCCCUAGCACAAUUGGGAAUCUGCAGAGUCUGCAACAUCUGGACCUUGGUCAUUCUACGAUCGAAAAGCUACCCACUUCUAUUGGAAGGUUGAAGAAACUGUGGACGCUGAGACUCCAAUCAUGUAAAUGUCUGAAAGGGGAAAUUCCAAGUGAAAUUGAUGACUUGUCUUCGCUCGAGAUUCUCGACUUCAGCAAAGCAGCUAUAACUUACCUGCCAAAAAGCAUCCGGAAUCUUUCUUCUCUCCAACACCUUAACCUAUCAGCCUGUAACAAGCUCCAGUCACUGCCGGAGCUACCUUCCAACUUAACAUAUUUGACGGCCUCUGGUUGGAGUCCCAAGUUGCCACAGCUUUCUUGCCUGAUCCACCUAGAACAACUCCAUCUUCAUGUAUGCUUUGAAGUUAAAGACCUCCCGGUGCUUCCGUCAAAACUCUUGAAACUUUCUCUUGUCACGUGUCCUGAGCUUAGUAAAUGUCAGCUUGACGGACUCAAGAAUUUGGAAGAGUUGUCGAUAGAAAUAUGCUGUUCAAUAGAAAGAUUGGACCUUUCACUGUUAGAUCGACUGAAACGAUUACGCGUGAAGAGUUGCUAUUUUCUAGUUGAGAUUCAGGGCCUCGAUAAUUUGGAGUUGUUGGAGGAGAUAUCUGUAAUGGACUGCAAGUCCAUUCAAAGGCUGAUCCUUCCAAAAUUACAGCAUUUGAAGCACUUAAUGGCUAUCUAUUGCAAAAAUCUAGUUGAAAUUCAAGGUCUUGGUAUGGCGGAGCACUUGGAGAUGUUGGAUAUCAAAAAUUGCGGGUCAAUUGAAAGGUUACCCGACUUGUCAUGCUUUGUGACCCUGAAAGUGUUGAACAUAACAGAGUGCAAAUCCUUGGAAGAACUACCAAACCUGUCAAAAUUUGAAAAUCUCACAAUUAUAAGAUAA